CCGAUGCCAAUGUGCCUGAGCAAUUCAUUGCCUUCUGCUUGAUCGCCCUAUUCUUUGCUGUGGUCGCCCUAUUCACCGGCCUUCUUGCGCCCUGCAGUCGUCUGGGCGGAUACCUCUCGGCCCUAAACACGUCCGUGGCUUUGUUUUUCCAAACCAUAUCAGCAGCAUCAACGACUGCGUGGUCUGUGCAGGGAAGAGAUGCUUUUCGCAGCGCCGGCUAUUCUGCGCGCUUGGGCGUCAAGCUGUAUGCCUUCACAUGGGCGGCUGUGGCUUGUUUCCUGAUAUCCACCGUCUUAUUCUGCUGUGGCGGCGCCGUCGGUCGCGACUCGUCCCCCGUCCCCCGUGCGCCGUAAACGCUUCACUCGCUCCACCCGCAGUCGAGGAAGCUUUUUGGAUACGGAGUCCCAACGGCGGGUCAAAGAUGAUUAUUCCUAGACCGAACGCAGUCGACCCCACCCAUUCUACUGUCACGAGGUAUGGAUCGUGGAUGCUGAGGAAUUGUGUAUGCAGGGAUAUAUACUCAUGCAUAUUCGACUGUUUGGUCACCUUACUCGUUCACGUCGUCACUUUCUCGUUAGCUGUUAGUUCUGUAACCGGUAGAAACUUGCACCGAUAGCUAUACCCGAUGUUGGCCCGAUUGCUGAGAUAA